AUGCACCGCAACUCGUACGACAACGACAACUCGACCUUCUCCCCCCAGGGCCGUCUCCACCAGGUCGAGUACGCCCUCGAGGCAGUCAAGCAGGGCUCGGCCUGCGUCGGCCUCCGCUCCGACACGCACGUCCUCCUUCUCGGCCUCAAGGAGCGCCUUCUCCGCUCGACCGGCGAGUUCCCCAGCUACCAGAAGAAGCUCAUCCGCAUCCACGAUCACCUCGGCAUCGCCAUUGCCGGCCUCACCUCAGACGCUCGCGUCCUCUCCAACUUCAUGCGCACCCAGGCCAUGUCGUCCCGCAUGCUCUACAACCGCCCCCUGCCCGUCAACCGCAUCGUCAACGCCAUUGCCGACAAGGCACAGAUCAACACGCAGCACUACGGGCGGCGACCGUACGGUGUCGGUCUCCUCGUCGCCGGUGUCGACGACCUCGGCCCGCACCUGUACGAGUUCUCGCCGUCGGGCGUCUGCCUCGAGUACUUCGCCCAGUCGAUCGGCGCGCGCUCUCAGUCGGCCAAGACGUACCUCGAGGCCAACUUUGCCUCGUUCGCGUCGGCGUCGCUCGACGAGCUCAUCAAGCACGGCCUCGAGGCCCUGCGCGACACGCUCCAGCAGGACAAGGAGCUGAGCAUCCACAACACGAGCAUCGGCGUCGUCGGUCCGGCGGGCGAGGCGCCGUUCCAGAUUCUCGAGGGCGAGGCGCUCGCGCCCCACUUGGCGCGUCUCAGCCCGAGGGACGACGCGCCGCAGCGGACGGCGCAGGCGACCGACGUGGCGGGCGACGGCGCGGCGCCGCCUCAGCCGACCGGCGACGAUGCGGCGGCGCCGGCACCCGGCCCCGCACCAGGAGCGACCGACGGUUCCGCAGGGAGCGACACGAUGCAGACGGACUGA